AUGGCGGCGGCGGGACCAGGCGCACCCGCAGGGCCUCCCAAACCGCGCCUCAAGAUCAACGUGAAUCGAACAGCCUCCUUUGUCACCGACACCCCUCCCUCAGCCGGUACUGCGACUCCUGGCGAGGGUGGCGGCUCACGCAAAGUGAAGCUCAAGCUGAGCGCCUCGACGCCUGCGACCCCUGGCGUCGACCCGUCGACCCCCGUCAAGACCAAAGCAGGGCGGCAACCGAAACCGACUCAGAAGCUCGUGGAAAGCAAGAAGCGACAGCGCGACGACGAUGACGAUGACGACAUGCCGCUCGCGGCCUCGGCCCCCCCCGCGACCAAGAUCAAGAUUCGCCAGGCCAAGGCAGCGGCCGCCGCGGCCGCGGCCGGCGGCGCGCAUACUCAGUUGGUAUUAAAGGCGCGCGGCCGGCCGCCGGUGCACCCAGCCGGCGACGGCUACGACUCCGAGGCAAGCGACCGGGAGCUGGACCCGGCGAUUGAGGAGCAGUUCAUCCUGCGGAUGCCGCCGGGCGAGCAUAGCGACUACGUGCGGGCCAUGAUGGAGGCCGGCAAGGUGGGCCUGGGCCGACAGCAGGGCGGCGCCAGCUUGUCACUGAAAUUUUUUGACGAGGAGUCGCACCGCGCGGUCGUGACAGUCAAGGGUCAGCUAUUUGCGGCCGUCAUGGUGGACUUGCCGACCAUCACCGAGUCGAUGAAGACGUGGGACAAGAAGUCCUUUCUUAAGUCGGCCGACGUGUGCCAGAUGCUGCUCGCGUUUCAGCCCGUGCAAACGGAGGAGGAGGCGAAAAAGGCGCCGCUGCCGGCCGUGGUGGACGCGGCGUACAAGUGGCCGCACGGGCUGACGCCGCCCAUGCACGACUGCGUCAACCGCCGCUUCGCCAAGACGAUUUCGCGCAAGGAGAUUGAGGACAAGGAGCAGGAGGUCGAGCGGCUUCUGGGAGAAGACGCCAUGGCGGAUCGGACCGCGUGGGAGUGGGUGGAUGAGAGUAAUGAGGGUGGCGCUGCUGGUGGCGAAGAAGAGGAGGAGGAUGCGGAGGGUGAGGACGCCGAGGGCGAGCUGAAUGAUGGCAUGGGCUACUUUGGCGCCGAGGACGGGGCCGAGGACGUGGGUGAUUUGGAUCUGGAGGCGGACCUGGAGGCGGCGUUUGCCGACGACGUGGGUGUGGCGGACACGCCGGCGACGGGCAUGGAUUUCGGCACGCCAGUCAUGACAACGCAGGCGAAUACGCCCGCUGCCCACCCAUCGAUCGAACUGGACGAGUCGGAGGAAUCCGACGAGGACGAGGAUGACGAGGAUGAUGACGAGGAUCUCGACGAGGACCAGCGCGCGGCACGCGACGAGGCGCAGGGCGUCAAGGACUUUAUCAACGAUCUCCGCAAACAGCUCGCCCACCGCCGGGCCGACCUCGACAAGACGCAAAACAAGAUUCUCCGACAGCGUUUGGAGAGUCAGAUAAAGCAGCUCAAGUCGGAGAUUGAGCUCAAGAUGUCUUCGAUUGGCAUGGAGGUGGAUGAUGAUUAG